AUCACUGUGUCCAAUCACAGCGGCCUUUUUACCACAUGACCAACUGUGUCCAACCGCAGCUGAUUGCUUUCCUCGCAGUGUCACAGCAUGAGUGCCCUUAUUAUCAGCACAGCCCCAAAAGUGUCCAUCAGUGCCCAACAUUGCUGCCCAUCAGUGCCCAGCAGUGCUGCCAAUCUGUGCCCAGCAGUUCUGCCAAUCUGUGCCCAUCGGUGCCGCCAAUCAGUGCAGCCUAUUAGUGCCAUCAGUCCGUGCAGCCAUUCAGUGAUCUUCAGUGCUGCCUAUCAGUGCCCAUCAGUGCUGCAUAUCAGUUCAGCCUCAUCAGUGCCUCCUCAUCAAUGCCCACCAGUGCUGCCUCAUCAGUGCAGCCUCAUCAGU